AUGGCCAUUUUAUUCGUACCAUCUCCACACGCGUUGAAUGCAAUGACUACCCGAAGAGCGCCUCUGGCAAACGUUCCCAAUGCUACGAACUCCCCUCACCGAGCCGUCUCCACGGCCACGGCUGCUACCAUGAAGCGCACUCGCCCACCAUGGGAUUCUGCUGGGGCCCCUCCGCCGUUGAAGAAACAGGUGCUCGAUACUGCUGACAAUGCGGACGCGCGAUUCUCUCAGCGGUCUUUGAACCAACAGCAGCCCCAGGCGGGAGAGUCGAAGAUAUUCACCCGCAGAACUAAUACUCAACCCACGGCCUUCGAGAAGAAGCUGGCUGCAGUGAGAGAUAAGCCAAAACAGCAGCAGAAUGCGCUCAAAGUGAGCAGGAACAUCAAAUAUUGUCCGGAGUCGGUAGAGAGUGUUCGCCAGUGGCAGAGACACUAUCGAAAAGUCUUCCCUUCUUAUGUCUUUUACUUUGAGAGCAUUCCUGAAGAGGUCAGGAAGAAGUAUGUCAGGCAGAUCAUGUCCCUCGGUGCUACCGAGGAAAAGUUCUUCUCCCGGGUAGUUACCCAUGUCGUCACGUCCCGGUCCAUCCCUCCAGAAGUCGAAUCUGAAAAGCAUACGGAAGCAACCCAGUCAGCUUCUGCUGAAAAUAACAUGUCGGGCUCGGUCCAGACCGUAAACCCUUCGAUGUUGGAGAAGGGUGUUGAUGCUCAACUAGGAAAAACACGUUCGAGAACAGGUUUCGGGAUGAUCGAACCAGAAAGUAAGAAAGGCAUGGGUGGCGGCAGUGGGGAUCUUCUUCACCGUGCUCGUCAAAUGAACAUGAAGAUAUGGACCCUGGACAAGCUUCAGCGUGUCAUAUUUACUAUGAAUGAUAAGGAGCUGGCACAUAUACUCCAGCCCAGCCGCAAUGGUACUGCACCGGCGAAAAACAAGACCGAAGAUGAUCUCUCCUUGGCUCUUCAGCAUGAGAAACUCCAUGCCCCUACUGACUCUGACUCUCUGACCUUAAACAAAGGGCUGGUCCCCUUCAAGGGACCAUACCUGUAUAUCUGGGAUUACAACCGGGAAACGCGCCCUGUAGUUAUUCGAGAAUAUCCCAAGGUUAACAAAAAACAGGACGGUGCCUGGCCACAGUUCCGCAGUGUCGAGCUAGGGAAAUGCCCCUUUGUUGAAACCACCGGCAGCAGGAAAACAGAAAAGGAUAGGCAAAAACAACAACAGGCAAAAGCUAAUAAUACCCAAACCACCCUAGUAACAAAAACAAUGGCGCCUCCUGCCAGAGGGCCAAGCAAAACACCCAACCAACAACAACAGUCUAACAUGACCCCUACUAAUCAAGAUGAUACCGAGUCUGCACUCGAGGACUCUGCAGGUAGGCCGAUUGAGCCUAUGGAGAAUACUGCCGCCACCACAACUACUACCAAUGAAGGGCCACGGCCAGUCUCUAAAGGCUCAAUCUCGGCUUCUUCCUUACCCUUUAAAUUUGGAGGUGAAAUCGCCGCUUCCGGAAUUCAACCAUCAAAUAUCACAUCUGCCAUUCGAUCGCAGAUGAUAUCCUCGACGGCAGCUACGCAAGGCGCUAGAGCUGCUACUAGCAAGGAAGUACACGAGCUCAAACGCAAGGUUCUGGAGAAGAGCAGUGGAAUUGUCUCUACCGCCAUCUCCUCAUGUCACAGGGCUGAUGCAGCAGCCGCUCCCCAGUCCCAGCCUGUUAGAGUGCCAAUUGCCCGUGCGGCCAAGCUUAAAGCCCAAGCGAACGAAAAUGGCGCCGUACAACUGACUGAACGGAACAGACGCGCCAGUGAUGUAGCUCCCAAGAAACAGAGCGCACUGCGAAAACAGCAGGCUGGAAGCAAGAAGCGUGACCCUAAGCCAGGCUACUGUGAGAACUGCAGGGAGAAAUUCGAGGAUUACGAGGAUGUAUGCUUCUCUCAAUUUUUCUUUUUCCAUUUUAGACUGGCUGUUCUCAAGCUAACCAAAAUCACAGCACAUUGGGACUAG